AUGCAUUAUUUACGGCAAGACAAGAAGGACGAGGAAGACGGUACGUCUUAUUACAUCUCUGACUUAUAAAAUGGAUAGAAAUUUUUAAAUUGCGUCUGAAAAUUAACAGUGUUGUUUAUUAAAAUUUAUUUUAAAAGGUCGAGGGUCGAACCCUUUCCAAGGCUUGGACAAGGCUACAGCUCUUCAGGAGGUGAACAGAUAUUUAAAACUUUUGUUGAUUGUCUUUGUAUUGUUAUGAAGCUACCACCAAAGGCAAUAGUCUGAUGCACUGAUAUAAAAUGCACAAUACUGGUGGCUACAGCUAUAAUUUUGGUAUUGGUAUUAACAAUGGCCCCCUUUGUAUUUAAUGUAUAAGUGAUUUGUACAACACUGAUAACUCGUCAAUGUGCCUUGUCAACCUGACGGAUCGUCCUUUUAUAGUCGAUUUCACGAAACUUUAACCACAAAUGUCCCGAACUUCGUUGCGAAGUUCAAAAGUUCAUAAUGAGAUUCACAAACCAGUUUGUAAACUACGCAUUUGAUUGGCUUCUUUUACUCAGGUACUUUGUUUACAAAUUGGCUUGUGAGUUCCAAUAUGAACUUCCGAACUUCGCAGCGAACUUUGCAACGAAGUUCAGAACAUUUGUGGAUAAGUUUUGUGAAAUUGACUGUAAGUAAAUACAAGAUGAACGAUCUAGAUGGACAGGGAUAACCAUAGUUGCCCCCAAUACCCCCACCAUGUACCCACUGCUGCAUAUAGCCCUGUAGAUGGACUGGCCUGAAUAGCAUUAAUAGCGGAUUUUUUUGGGGUUAUUUUAGGACAUUGAGUUAGGACAUUUAAUAGUCUGUUUCACUGUUAGUGUUAGUGUAAGUGUAUCAAUGACCGGUCAAAAACAGAUUUCGACCAAGCUUAAAUCAAGUUGACCAGUCAUUUUGACCAUUAUUUUGAGCCCUACAUAACCAUCAAGUUUCUGUAAUAUUUAUUUCUAGCACUGAUAGCAAAACUUUGGUCUCUUCUGACUCAGCAUAUACCUGUGUGUACACAAGUCUGUCUUGAUACAUGAUCUGUCUAAUACACCACUUAUGCACCAUUAUCACAUGAAUUAUAUACAGCUUGUUUUAAUAUGCUCUUUCCAUUUCAUCAUUCUUAUUUCAGGCAAGAACAUUUAAUGAAAGUCCAAUCAAUCCCAGAAGAUGCAUUCAUAUCCUGACCAAGAUAUUGUAUCUCUUAAACCAAGUAUGUGAAAUGAGUGAUAAUUAUACAUUUUUUAUAUUAUAACUACAGUAAUAUUGACACUCAUUACUACAUAAUAUUAUUGCAUAUAUUUUUUUAGGGUCAGCAGUUUGGGACAACAGAGGCAACGGAAGCAUUUUUUGCAAUGACCAAACUUUUCCAGUCCAAAGAUGUAUGUAAAGCUUAAUUGUGUCUUACAAAACAAAAUGGCGGCAAGUAGUGUUGUGGUUGCUGGUUACACAUGUAUAUUUGCCUAAUAUUGCAAGCUGUUUGCUUUUCCUGUGCGCACGCUUAGAGGAAAUUGUCACCCAUGCCAGAAAUUGUUUAACAUGUUGAUUAUCCUGUGUUGAUCACACGCAUCAAAUUAAGGGUGGCCGGAUUUUCAUUUUUUUAAAGGUGGGGUGGAAAAAUUUCUAGUGUGGUGCAAGCGGCGCCACUGAGCAAAGCUUCGGCAGGGGUUAGGCGUUAGGGUUAAAAAAUAGGAGGAGUGAAGCACUUAAGAGCCAGAAUUGAUUUAUUCCAUUGGUUUUCAGCCAAUGUUGCGUCGAAUGGUUUACCUUGCCAUAAAAGAACUCUCGACAGUUGCUGAAGAUGUGAUCAUUGUCACCAGUAGUUUGACCAAAGAUAUGACUGGUCGGGAGGAAGCGUAUUGUGCUAACGCUAUCCGUGCUUUGUGUAUGAUCACUGACGCUACGAUGUUGCAAGCUAUUGAACGAUACAUGAAACAAGCCAUCGUAGACAAAAGUCACAGUGUGUCGAGCAAUGCUUUGGUUUCAUCUUUG